AUGGUUGACUCUUCAUCUAACGGGUCACUGGCUACUAAAGAUGAGGCACACAAGUUAUUUGAGACUAUGGCUACUACAUCUGCUAUAUGGACAUCAGAACGGGCUGUUCAGAAGAGGACACCGGAAGUUUAUGAGGUAGAUACAUAUUCAGCCUUAUCAGCUAAGAUUGACUCUCUGUUUCACAAGGUAGAAAGCAUAUCACAGUUAGCGAAUGCAACAUAUCCACGGAAACCAAAUUGUGAAGAAUGUGGAGUGAAUCAUAAAACAGUGGAAUGCCCAAUUCUGUCACAGGGAAUGGAACAAAAUAGAUAUCAGAGGCAACAGGAGAAGAUACCUCAGUUGGAAGAGAUGUUUCCAAAGUUCAUGGAAAAGACUGAAAAGUACAUGGAAGCAAAUAACCCGUUCAUAAGGAAAACUGAAACUACUCUUCAAAAUCAGGGUGCUGCAAUUAAGAACUUGGAGACGCAGAUGGAACAUAUAGCACUUUUUAUGAUAAGAAGGGCACCAGAUACUUUACCCAGCAAUACUAAGUUAAAUCCUAGGGAGCACGUUCAAGCGACCACAACUCGAAGUGGGACGCAACUACCUGAAAGACACGUUGAGAGGUCGGGUGUGAACAAUGAGACAACAAGCUAUACAGAAGAAGAGAUUGUACAGCAAGACGAGCAGACAAGUGAAUCUACACCAAAGGAGAGUUUAGAGACAUCACGGGAUAAGGAAACCAUACCAAUUAACCCCUAUGAACCACCCAUUCCAUUUUCCCAGAGGUUGAGAAAGCAAAAUAUGGAGCAGCAAUAUAAGAAAUUUCUCGAAAUCUUCAAAAAGCUCCACAUCAACAUCCCGUUGGCCGAUACACUACUCUAG